AUGUGGCCCGAAAAUGUUGGUAUUUUAGCCAUUGAGGUCUUAUUCCCCUCACAGUAUGUCGAUCAAACCGAAUUGGAACAAUUCGAUGGUGCCUCCGCCGGUAAAUAUACCAUUGGUUUGGGCCAAUCGAAAAUGGGCUUCUGUUCGGAUCGUGAAGAUGUCAAUUCCCUGUGCCUGACUGUUGUAACCCGCCUUAUGGAAAGACAUAAUAUUAAAGCCGCCGAUAUUGGCCGUCUAGAAGUUGGUACCGAAACAAUUGUCGACAAAUCGAAAUCAGUUAAAUCCGUACUGAUGCAACUGUUUGCCGAUAGUGGUAAUACCGAUAUGGAAGGUAUUGAUACCACAAAUGCCUGUUAUGGUGGUACUGCUGCUCUCUUCAAUGCCAUCAAUUGGGUAGAAUCAUCUAGCUGGGAUGGCCGUUUGGCCUUGGCAGUUUGUGCGGAUAUUGCGGUGUACGCCAAGGGUGCUGCACGUCCAACAGGUGGCGCCGGCGCCAUUGCCAUGCUGGUGGGACCAAAUGCACCUUUGGUUUUCGAAAGAGGCCUUAGAGCAACACACAUGGAACAUGCCUACGAUUUCUAUAAGCCAGAUUUGAGUUCAGAAUACCCAACAGUCGAUGGCAAAUUAUCUAUUCAAUGUUACUUGUCUGCUUUGGAUACCUGCUAUCAGUUGUAUCGUAAGAAAUUCGAAAAACUCAAUCCCCAAAACGAAAAGGAGGGCUUGGACAACUUCGAUGCCAUUCUCUUCCACACCCCAUUCUGCAAAUUAGUACAAAAAUCUGUGGCUCGCUUGGUAUUCAAUGACUUUUUGCUUACCGCCGAUGAAACAAAACGCGCCCAAAAAUAUCCCGCUUUGGAAAAAUUCAAUAACCACACACUGGCCACAACCUAUUUCGAUCGUGAUGUGGAAAAGGCAUUCAUGACACAAUUUGCCAAUGUCUUUGAGGAGAAGACGAAAAAAUCACUGCUGUUGGCCAAUCAAGUCGGCAAUAUGUACACUCCCUCGGUCUAUUCAGGUUUGGUAUCACUGCUGGUCAGUGAGAAGCCUGAAAAUUUAGUUGGCAAGCGAAUUGCUGUAUUUUCAUACGGAUCCGGCUUGGCUGCAUCUAUGUACUCCAUCAAAGUGACCUCAAAUGCGGAUGUCUUCCAGAAAUUCAGUGAGAAACUGAACUAUGUUUUGCCUUUGCUGAAUUCCCGGGAGAAAGUGGCGCCCGAAGUGUUCUCGGAACUGAUGGAGAUUCGCGAAAAGAACAAUCAUGCCGCACCCUAUACGCCCACAGGCAGCAUUAGUGCCUUGUUCCCGGGCACCUACUACCUCAAGAGUGUUGAUGAAAUGCAUCGGCGCACCUAUGAACGUACACCAACCAUUUCAAAUGGUGUGCACUGA